CCGACCCACCACUCACCAAGAAUGGCUUCUUUUGAUGCGAUUUCGCUAGUUGAACAGUGUGAGCAGCAAGAAUUAGAGGCCCCAGGAGGUGUUGCUACUUCAGAGCUCUACAAGAAGUUGCUUGCUCUUUACCUUUUGCAAAAUGAUCUAAACAAUGCCAAAUUCUUGUGGAAGAGAAUUCCAGCCUCAGUUAAAACAGGUGACCCAGAGCUUGGAUUUAUAUGGGAUAUUGGUCAGAACAUGUGGCAGAGGGAUUUCUCAUCGUCAAAGCUGUACAGCGCCCUCAAUAGAGAAUGGUCUGAUGGCAUCAAGGAAAUAGUUUCUGCACUUUCAGAUUCUGUCAAACAGAGACUUUUCCAACUUGUAGGGAAUGCAUACACCUCAAUAGAAGCCGAUCAGUUUGCAUCGUAUCUAGGAAUGUCCAAGGAGCAAGCCAUUAAUGCUGUUCAAGAAGAAGGUUGGUCAUACAACUCUACUACUCAAAUGAUUUUACCCAUUAAACCAGUUUCCUCAAGAGAAGCCCCAGUACCCAGUGAACAACAGAUAGCUCAACUAACAGAGUUUGUAGCCUUCUUAGAAAAUUGAAAGGACCUAGAUGGAUACACCAGAGGCAAGAAUCGGAUGCUUACCAUGUAUCAUGUGGAUGCAUGGUAGGCUUGCCCAGUGUUCUACUCAUUGAAUGUACUGAAUUUAAAGACUAAUAGACCUCAAAGUCAGCCAACGUCUACUUGGAGAUGUGUUUUGCUGUUCCUGGAAGACAUGUCGUUCAUCCAGUGACCAAAUCAAGGAGACCAGGAGUCUAUUUCAUAAAGAACAUUGAAAAACAUGACCUGUAUGGAAGCUUUGCCAUUGUGCUAACAACGAUAACAGAAUCAAGAUAGCUGUGUUCAAUACUAAAAUUACAAUAUGACCAUAAUUUGUAAAUCUUUAUGGAAACAGGAACCUGGUGAUAGUUUUAUGAAGCAUCUUUUGCAUUCAAUCCAUUCAGGUGCAAGGAUUUCAGUACAUUAUAAAUAGCUGUCAGUGAUCUGCUUGCAAGAUGCUUUAUAUGAAAUGUUUCCCAUCCCCAACAGUUUUUUCCCCAAUAUUUUUUCAAUAAAUUGUGCUACCCGCUUAAGCAUAUUCAGUCAGUACAUUCAAUAUUAUUUGACAAGUCAAAUGUCAAAGCUUUGACAGUCAUUUUCAGUGAAUGUGCAAGUAAUCAAUGGCCCACAAUGACUCACCUUCCUAACCUUUGUUUGGCCAAAGUGUUCUGGCACCUCUGCAUCUAGUAUUAUCAAAUUUAAUUCAUAUGGUGAUUUCUGAACUGGUUGGUAUUUGCUCAUUCAAAAGUGUGCCCUUAAUUCUCUAAGCAAAGAGCCAGUCAGGUGAGUAAACUGCAGUCAUGUAAUAAAUUUUUGAAGGGUGACAGAAGUAACAGAUAACUCAUUUGCUAGCAGAACUUUUGAGCUGAGUCAUCUUCAUUUUCAAGUGAAAGGAUUUUAAUGUGUAGUUUGAUAGUUUAAUCAUAAGCAAUGAUAGACUUUAGGAUUUAACUCAUCUCUUGUAUCAGAAAUAUCAAAGAAUGGAUUUUUGAAUAAUGAUCAAGACUGUUUGGGGAAUGUACUGUUGCCUUGGAACUGAUAAUCAGUGAUAUUUUUCUCACUUCAACGUUAUCUGGUAAUUUUAAGCUAAAUGUUUAUGUGGUGAUUUUGUUCUUUCUGUUUCUGUGUUGACCCUUUGGUGUUGGAAAGAUUUUUGUAUCAGCUUAGCACCAAAUUAAAGGAA